AUGAUUUCAAAUGAAAGAGUUAUUAAAUUUAUAGAUCAACAAGAAUAUUAUAUUAAAAGAGCAUCAAAUAAAACACUGAAUAGAAAUCCUCAAAUUAAUAAUCUUUAUUUUAAUAAUAAUCACCUUUCAAAAAAUCAUGCAGUAAUACAAUAUGAUAAAUUUAAUACUAUUACACCAUUUACAAUUAAAGAUAAUGAAUCAACAUUUGGAACUGUUGUUAAUGAUCAUGUUUUAUUACCAAAUACUAAAAUUGGAUUAUCAAAUAAAGAUAAAUUAGGAUUAAUUAUUUCAUUACCAUCAAAUCAAAUUAAUCAAAUAUUCGAAGAAAAUUUAAAUGAAUCUAAUUUAAAUCAAACAAUUCAAUUAUCUAAAUUUAAAGGUGCUAAAAUUAAUAUGGAAUUUCAAAUUUUUAUUAAUGGAAAUAUUAUUAAAUUUGUUCCUAUUAAUAAUAAUAAUAUUAAUAAAGUUAAUUCUGCUACUGCAAAUGGUAAUAAACUUAAAGAAAAUGCAAGUAAUUCACCAAUUGACUUAACAAAUUCUGAUCAUACUGUUGAAAUCAAGGUAAUUGAUAAAAAGGAUGAUAAAGUAAGUGGUACAGAAACAAAAUCAAUUAAUAAUGAUAAUAUUGAUCAAGAAAAUUUAGUUCAAAAAAAUCAAACAAAUAAUGAAGUAAUUCAAUUAGAAAGCGAAGAAGAAGAAGAUCCAUUUGGUGAUGCAGAAGAAGAUGCUUCAGUUGUUCUUAUUUCUAGUACUAAAUCGGAUAAAGAUGUUUAUUCUGCAACAACUACUCCAUUUGGAUAUGAAGAUGAUGAAGAUGUUAAUUUAAGCAGAGAAAAAGAAAAAAUUGAUGGUCAUGAAGAUGAAAUAAGUUCAGGACUUGAAACCCCAAGUGGAGAAGAAAAAGAUUUAGAUGAUGAUGAAUACUCAGAUUUUGUUGAAGAUGAAGCACCAAGUGAACAUUGUAUUGAAUAUGAUGAACAAGUAAAAGAUAGAAUUAAAUAUUUAUUCGAAAAUACAUCAAUUACUCAUCGUUCAUUUGAUUGUCAAAAAUGUUUUAAACACCCAGCAAUUUAUGGUUUCGGUGGUGAUUUAUUCUGCAAAUCAUGUCAACAAGGGUUUGAAGAUUAUUGUUUAAAAGAUGACAUGGAAAAAGAUGAAAUUAGAAAAGAAAUAGAAAAAUCACCAGCUUAUAUCUCUCAUUUGGAAACAUGUCCUAAUCCUAGAAUUUGUGAAUGUUUUGAAAAAGAAGUAGCUGCUGAACAAUGCAGACGUGCAGGGAUAGAAUUAGAAUCAGAAGAAGAAGAAGAAGAAGACGAAGAAGGUGUCGAUGAAGAAGAUUUAGCGCAAGAAGAGGAAGAAUUAGAAGAAAAAGAAGAAUUAGAAGAAGAAGAGUUGUCAGACGACUCUGGUGAAUAUAAUGCAGAAAAAUAUUUUGUUGAUUCUGAUUCUGAUGAAGAUGAAGAUGAAGAUGGAUAUGGAUAUUCGUAUGUAAAAGGAUGUUGUUGUGAAACUGAAGAUGAUGAAAUUGAUGAAGAAGAAGUAGUCGUUAUAAAUUAUAACAAAACCCGUGACAUUGCGGAUUUCGCUGAUGAUGUGUUUCCAAAAUGGAGACCAGCUUCUCCUAAAGUUAUAUCUCCAUCAACUACUAAAAAAAGAUCAUUUGAAGAAAUGGAAGAAGAAAAUUUCUCAACAAAUUCAAUAGAAGAUGAUGAUCAUUCAACAUUUAUUGAUUCAGAUGAAAGUUUAGAAGAAAUUGAUUUUGCAGAUGAACCUCCAAAAAAGAAACAAUUAUUAGGAUCUUCUUCAAAUUCAUCAAAUUUGAAGACUGUUUUAAAAGAAGUAGGUAAAGGAGUAUUUUAUGUCGCUGCUACUAUUACUGCUUUAGGAAUUUAUGGAUCUCAAAUUUCUGAUGAAUCAACUUUCAAUUAG